CCCCCAGACUGUCCUCUAUAUAGCCCCCCAAGCUCCAUUCCCUUGUGGGCUCCAGGAGUUAAGGGCCAGGUGAGGGACAACCAAGGGAAGCGGGUAACUUUGAUGUAAUAGUGUCAGAUGAUUUGAAGAACGAGAUUUCAGUGCCCAGGGACAGAAAGGCAGCGGGAGGCAGGCACCAUAGGAUAAGUGCCUGGAAGGUGGACCCCAAGGGGAAAAGACGACAGGCUUGGUGCCCUGAUCACCAUGCUGCUGGCUGUGCUGCUGCUACUGCUGCCCCUCCAAGACCCACAAUCUGCCCAGGGGCACCCACUGUACAUGCGCCUGCCCCCCAGCACCCUGCAAGCUCUGUCAGCCCAAGGGACGAAGGCCUUGCAGACUGCCCAGAAGAGUGCCCAGUGGGCAGUAAAGCUAGUGGUGAUGGAGAUCCAGCACAGAUUGCAUGAGUGCCGAGGACCUGGGCGCUCUAGGCCUCAAGCCCCCUUCCUCCAGGACUCACCUGAGCCAGGGCCCUGUGGCGAGAGGCUCCGGAGCACUCAAAACGUGACCCAGGCCUACGGCCGCAUUGUGGGGGGCAGCACGGCACCGCCCGGAGCCUGGCCCUGGCUGGUGAGGCUACAACUCAGCGGGCAGCCUCUGUGCGGCGGCGUCCUGGUGGCGGCGUCCUGGGUGCUCACUGCCGCACACUGCUUCGCAGGCGCCUCGAACGAGCUUCUGUGGACGGUGAAGCUGGCCGAAGGGCCACGCGGCGAGCAAGCGGAGGAGGUGCCGGUGAAUCGCAUCUUGCCCCACCCUAAGUUUGACCCGCGGACCUUCCACAAUGACCUCGCCCUGGUGCAACUGUGGACGCCCGCGAGCCCCGCAGGGGCGGCACGCUCCGUGUGUCUGCCCCAGGGGCCCCGAGAGCCCCCCGCCGGCACCUCCUGCGCCAUCGCGGGCUGGGGGGCCCUCUUCCAAGACGGGCCUGCGGCUGAGGCGGUGAGGGAGGCCCGCGUGCCCCUGCUCAGCGCCGACACCUGCCGAAGGGCCCUGGGGCCUGGGCUGCACCCCAGCACCAUGCUCUGUGCCGGUUAUCUGGCCGGGGGCAUCGACUCAUGCCAGGGUGACUCUGGAGGCCCCCUGACCUGUUCUGAGCCUGGCCCCCGCCCCAGGGAGGUCCUGUACGGAGUCACCUCAUGGGGGGAUGGAUGCGGAGAGCCAGGGAAGCCCGGGGUCUACACCCGUGUGGCGGUGUUCAAGGACUGGCUCCAGGAGCAGAUGACGGCCCCCUCCAACCGUGAGCCCAGCUGCCGGGAGCUUCUGGCCUGGGACCCGCCGGAGGAGCCGCUGGCAGACGCCGCCACGCCCUGCGCCUUCUACGCCCACCUGUGCCCGGGGCCCGAGGGUGCCUGUGUGCCCCUGGCGCACCAGCAGUGCCUGCAGCGCCGGCGGCGUUGCGAGCUGCGCUCGCUGGCGCACACCCUGCUGGAGCUGCUGCGGGGCGCCCAGGAGUCGUUCCGCCCGCGCCCGGGGAAGCGGCGGCUCGCCUCAGUCCUAGCUGGCCACGCUCUGUCGCUCCGCGAGCCUCCCAGGCACCCCUCCCGCGAGCAGCGGCUGCACGCAGGAUCCCGGGCUGCAGGCGCGCGGAUCUCGAAGCCGAGGCUUGAGCAGCGCAGGGACGCGUACGGCUGCCCUGGCCUGGAGCCCCUGCGGCAGAAGCUGGCCACCCUCCAGGACACCCAUGCCUGGAUCCUACAGGUCCCCUUGGAGCGCCUGGCUAUGAACUUUCAGGAGGUCCUGGCAGAUCUGGGCUCCAAGACGAUAACAGGGCUGUUCCGAGCCUGGGUUCGGGCAGGUUUGGGAGGUCAGCACGUGGUCUUCAGUGGCCUGGUGGGCCUGGAGCCGGCCACAUUGGCUCGAAGCCUUCCCCGGUUGCUGGUGCAGGCCCUGCAGACCUUCCGCUUGGCUGCUCAGGUGGAGGCAGAGCCGAAGGGAGGCCAGAUGGCCCUGUGGACUGGAGGGGCAGACGCAAGACCUGGUUGGAGGGACAGGAUGGAGGGGCCUGUGUUAACGCUGGGGCUGCUGGCCGCCCUGGUCGUCUGUGGCAGCUGGGGCCUGAACGAGGAGGAGCGACUCAUCCAGCACCUGUUUGGGAAGGGCUACAAUAAGGAGGUCCGGCCUGCAGAGAACCAAGAGGAGAGCGUGGAGAUCUCACUGGCCCUCACCCUCUCUAACCUCAUCUCCCUGAAAGAAGUGGAGGAGACCCUCACCACUAACGUGUGGAUUGAGCACGGCUGGAUGGACAAACGGCUGCAGUGGGAUGAGAAAGAAUUUGGGAACAUCAGCGUCCUGCGCCUGCCCUCUGACAUGCUGUGGCUCCCAGAUAUUGUGCUGGAGAAUAACAAUGAUGGCUUCUUCCAGAUCUCCUACUCCUGCAAUGUGCUGAUCUAUCCUUCAGGCAGUGUGUACUGGCUGCCGCCCGCCAUCUUCCGCUCCUCCUGCCCCAUCUCCGUCACCUACUUCCCCUUCGACUGGCAGAACUGCUCCCUCAAAUUCAGUUCUCUCAAGUACACAGCCAAGGAGAUCACCCUGAGCCUGAAGCAGGAGGAAGAAGACGGCCGCUCCUACCCCGUGGAGUGGGUCAUCAUUGACCCCGAGGGCUUCACAGAGAACGGGGAGUGGGAGAUAGUGCACCGGCCGGCCAAGGUCAACGUGGACCCCAGUGUCCCGCUGGACAGUCCCAACCACCAGUAUGUCACCUUCUACCUCAUCAUACGCCGCAAGCCUCUGUUCUACAUCAUCAACAUCCUGGUGCCCUGUGUCCUCAUCUCCUUCAUGAUCAACCUGGUCUUCUACCUGCCGGCCGACUGUGGCGAGAAGACGUCAGUGGCCAUCUCAGUGCUCCUGGCACAGUCAGUCUUCCUGCUGCUCAUCUCCAAGAGGCUGCCGCCCACAUCGAUUGCAAUCCCCCUCAUCGGCAAGUUCCUGCUCUUUGGCAUGGUGCUGGUGACCAUGGUCGUGGUGAUCUGUGUCAUCGUGCUCAAUAUCCACUUCCGCACCCCCAGCACCCACGUGCUGUCCGAGGGGGUCAAGAAGCUCUUCCUGGAGACCCUGCCUGAGCUCCUACACAUGUCCCGCCCAGCAGAGGACGAGCCCAGCCCCAGGACCCUGGUCCGGAGGAGCAGCUCCCUGGGCUACAUCUCCAAGGCCGAGGAGUACUUCUCGCUCAAGUCCCGAAGUGACCUCAUGUUUGAGAAGCAGUCAGAGCGGCAUGGGCUGGCCCGACGCCUCACCACUGCACGCCGGCCCCCAGCAAGCUCUGAGCAGGCCCAGCAGGAGCUCUUCAGUGAGCUGAGGCCAGCUGUGGAUGGGGCCAACUUCAUUGUCAACCACAUGAGGGACCAGAACAAUUACAAUGAGGAGAAGGAUUGUUGGAGCCGGGUGGCCUGCACAGUGGACCGGCUCUGCCUAUUUGUGGUGACGCCCGUCAUGGUGGUGGGCACUGCCUGGAUCUUCCUGCAGGGCAUCUACAACCAACCUCCACCUCAGCCUUUCGCCGGAGACCCCUUCUCCUACCUGGAGCAGGACAAGCGCUUCAUUUAGAGCGGGCCUGCCCUGCCAGGCCUGGCCCUGCUCUCAGGACAGCUUUGGUUGGAUCUCUCACUCUGGGGAAGCCAGCUGGCAUGAUGAACACCCUAUGGAGAGCCCCACAAGGUGGGGAACUGAAGCCUUCUGCCAACAACUACAUGAGUGAACUUGAAAGUGGAUUCUCUAGCCCCAGUGGGGCCUUCAGAUGAGAUCACAGCCCCAUGACAGCCCCUGGGCCGGAACCACUCCGCUAAGCUGCUCCUGGGUUCCUGACCCCCAGGAACUGUGGGAGAUAAUAAAUAUUUGUUAUUUAAGA